AUGACUAGGACCAACGAGCAGAUAGCUCGUGCCAUAGAGAUGAUGGCCAUGGCUAUGCAACAGCAAAAUGCCUAUUUUUCUAGGAUGGAGGCUGAGAGAGCUGCAGCUGGUGCAGCAAGAACUACAGGGUCACAGGAGAGCUGGGACCUUGCUGAGUUCUGGAAGUGUAAUCCUCCACAGUUUGCAGGAGAUGCGGAUCCAGAAGUAGCUGACCGCUGGAUCCGUGAGCUAGAGAAGAUCUUUACAGUAUUGGGAUGUCCUCCAGAGAGGAGGUUAGCAUAUGUUGUGAACAUGCUUGCUGGGGAGGCUGAACAUUGGUGGAGAGGAACCUAUCAGAUGCUUGCUGCUAGAGGAGUUACAGUUGAUUGGGAGUGCUUCCGGACAGUGUUUAUGGAGAAGUACUUUCCGGAAAGCGUGAGGCAUGCCAAGGAGGCAGAGUUUAUGCGACUGCAUCAGGGAGGGAUGACAGUUUCUGAGUAUGCGAUGAAAUUCCAGCACCUGGCUCAUUUUUAUUCGCAAGGUGGUAACCGUGCUGUGAGGACUGCUGGGGGGCCAUCUGGGUCCAAGAAGUGUGAGAGUCAGAGGAAGCCGUAUGACAGGCCCCACUCUCAGCAAUGGGGUUCUGUUGCUCGGCAAUCUUCUAGUGCUGCUAGUGGAGGUAGACAGAGUGGAGGUGCCACUCUGAGAUGUUUCAGGUGUGCUAGGCCCCACUUUGUUAGGGACUUCCCGCACACGGAGAGUCGUUGCUUCAGAUGUCAUCAGAUGGGCCACGAGUCAGCCAACUGCCCUGCUAGGGGCAGACCAGAGAGGAGUACUCUGAGGGGUGAUGUGCAGAGAGCUGAUACUCAGAGGAGUAGUGCACAGAGAGCUGAUACUCAAAGGGGUGACAGACCCACUACUACUGGUAGUAGAGUAUUUGCCUUGACAGGUGCUGAGGCUUCGACUUCUUCUAAUCUUAUGAAAGGGAAGGGCAAAGUUGCUG